CUCCACGUGACCAAUGGCCGCGCGCCCUGCCUGCCCCGCCCCCUCGCUAAGGGAAGGGUCCUGGGCCCCGGGCGGCGGUCGCCAGGUCUCAGGGUCGGGGCUACUCGAGUCUCGUUUCCUCUCAGUCCCUCCACCCUUCAUGGGGCCAGAGCCCUCUCUCUAGAAGCUGAGCAGCAAUGCCGUUUGCUGAAGACAAGACCUAUAAGUAUAUCUGCCGCAAUUUCAGCAAUUUUUGCAACGUGGAUGUUGUAGAGAUUCUGCCUUACCUGCCCUGCCUCACAGCAAGAGACCAGGAUCGACUGCGGGCCACCUGCACACUCUCAGGGAACCGGGACACCCUCUGGCAUCUCUUCAAUACCCUUCAGCGGCGGCCCGGCUGGGUUGAGUCCUUCAUUGCGGCGCUGAGGGACUGUGAGCUACCUGAUCUCGCAGACGAAGUCGCCCGUGUCUACCAGAGCUACCAGCCUCGGACCUCGGACCGUCCCCUAGACCCACUGGAGCCACCGUCACUUCCUGCUGAGGGGCCAGGGCCCCCAACACCUGCUGUGGCCCACAGUAUCCCCUACAACGGCUACAGAGAGAAGGAGCCAAGUUACCCCAUGGCUGUCCAGGAGACCCAGGCGCCAGAGUCUCCAGGAGAGAGUUCAGAGCAAGCCCCACAGACACUGAACCCCAGAGUCAUCCCAAGGAGUCCAGAUGGUGGCCCCCUGGAGCCCUCCCCUGACCUGGCAGCCCUCAGCCCUCUGACCUCCAGCGGGCAUCAGGAGCAGGACACAGAACUGGGCAGCACCCACACAGCAGGUGCGACCUCUAGCCUCACACCAUCCCGUGGGCCUGUGUCUCCAUCUGUCUCCUUCCAGCCCCUGGCCCGUUCCACCCCCAGGGCAAGCCGCUUGCCUGGACCUGCAGGGUCAGUUGUAUCUACUGGCACCUCCUCUUCCUCCUCCUCAUCCCCUGGCUUGGCCUCUGCAGGGGCUGCAGAGAGUGAACAGGCUGAGCCUAUCAUCUCCUCCAGUGGGGCAGAGGCACCUGCCAACUCUCUGCCCUCCAAAGUGCCUACCACCUUGAUGCCUGUGAACACAGUGGCCCCGAAAGUGCCUGCCAACCCAGCAUCUGCCAGCACAUUGCCCUCCAAGUUGCCAACUAGCUCAAAGCCCCCUGGUGCAGUGCCUUCUGUGUUCACCAAUCCAGCACCAUCCAAAUUGCCCAUCAACUCAACCCGUGCUGGCAUGGUGCCAUCCAAAGUGCCUACUAGCAUGGUGCGCACCAAGGUGUCUGCCAGCACAGUCCCCACUGACAGGAGCAGCAGAACUGAGGAGACCCCAGCAGCUCCAACACCUGCAGGCGCCACUGGAGGCCGCUCAGCCUGGCUAGACAGCAGCUCUGAGAAUGGGAGCUUUGAGUUGGAGCUGAGUAAGCCUGGCAUGCUGGUAUCCCAGGCAGACAGCCAGUUCUCAGGCUGCUCCGAGGAUCUUGCCAUCAGUGCCAGCACCUCCUUGGGCAUGGGGCCCUGCCAUGGCCCAGAGGAGAAUGAGUACAAGUCCGAGGGCACCUUUGGGAUCCACGUGGCUGAGAACCCCAGCAUCCAGCUCAUGGAGGGCAACCCUGGGCCACCUGCGGACCUGCAGAGUAGCCCCAGGCCACACAUCGACCAGAAGUUCCAGGAGAGGGAGGUGCCAUGCCACAGGCCCUCAGCUGGGGCUCUGUGGCUCCAGGCGGCUGUGGCGGGGGUGCUGGUAGUCACACUCCUGGUGGCGAUGUACCGGCGGCGCCUGCACUAGUGAAGCCCUGGGCCCUUCCCAAUACUCAUCUGCUCCAUUCCUGCAGUACAACUUGCCCCUCUCCGAAGCCCCUUGUCCCUUUCUUGGGGAUGGUGGAGGCUGGGUCAGAGGGAGCUAAGGGACUGCAGGCCUGCCUGCAAGAUGUGCUUUGGCUGAACCAAGUCCUUAGAGCAGCAUCUCUGUUCCCACUGUGCCCUGUGUGGGUCCCCGUCCUUGGCUUUCUGGGUCCUGGGCUGCCCCCAGUGCUCCAGACCUUCCCCGCUGGCAAUCCAUGUUAUCCAUGUCCUCCAGAGGAGCCUCCUCCUCCAGGCCUCAGCCCCGUUGGCCCAAGUGGAUCAGCAGGGAUCACUGGAGCACACGGUGCUCGGGAAUACUUCUCCUGUUGCAUUGGUCCCCGAAGGCCUCAGGGCAGGUGUGUGGUGUGUGGGCGACUCCACGAGACCUGGCUCCCACCCUGGCAGCCCAGCCUGAGACCGUUGCACCGAGGCAGGCAGGAGCGGCAGGGUGGCUGCUCUCCAGGAGUCCAACUGCCUUGGGUUCCUGCCCCACUGGGUCCCCUCCCCUGCUGGGCAAUCCUGGGAAGGUCUGGAGGUUCCUGUGGACCUCAGAGAAGCCAGGGGCAGGUGCCAGGCCUGAGGAAGACCUCUGGAGCUCCUCUCUAGCCUCCUCUUUCCCUCCCCUCUGGUCUUCAGUCUCUUCAGCUCCCUACGUGGGCUGGGGAGGAGACACCUGGCGGGCAGAGCUCAGGCAGAGGUUUGGAUUUCAGCUCCCUCACUUCCUGGGCUGUGUGACUUUGGUGGAUGUCAGACUUCUGGUUUUGCUUCUCCAUGUGGACAGUGAGUAUCUGGCUCAUUCUUCACUGGGUUCUUCUAAGAUUGAACCUGCAGGUGUUUGCCAAGUGCCUGGCCCAGAGCAAGUAGCCACUAACUGCUUCUCCCACCUCUCUCCUGCCCAACCUGGUAGAGCUGAGGGCAUGAGAGGCAGAGUGCACAGUGGUCAAGGGUGCAGCUCUGCAGCACAGGCAGCCUAGGCCUGCAUCCUGCCCUGCCUCUCACCAGCUCUGUGACCUUGGGCAAGGGAUUUAUCUGUCUGUGCCUUAGUUUUCUCACCUGUAAAAGGAGGAUGAGUAUAUAUAUGUAUUUCCCAGUGUUGUGAGGAUUAAAGGAGUUUAUCGAUGUAGAUUUUAGGAUGAGUCCUGGCAUUUACCAAGGGUUGGAAUUGUGUUAUUAUCACUAUUAAGUGUUGAGGGGCCAGGCGUGGUGGGCAACAGGGCCCCAUCUCUACAAAAAAGUUUUAAAAAUUA